AUGAAGGGUACCAGCUCAGCACAUGGAGAUGCUUCUUUGACUAUAAAGAACCUUCUGCUGGCUUGCUUGGCGUUUGUGACAGGAGGACACAUCCAGACAUUGCCAUCUGGGCAAGUGCGCAUCAUAUUCAAAUGGCAGUAUUUCAUCAUCUCACUAGUAGCUGCUUGUAUUGCCACCACCAUCAUCAUUCAGACAACCACAAUGGCAUGGAACAAAGUCGACCCUAAUGACGAUGAAUCCAUCUUUCUACCAUUCACCUCCAAAAAGGUGCCAGCAAAAUGGAGAGGCUACAUCACAAAUCAACCGUUAUCGCAUCCAACGCAUCAUCCAAAACUGUACUACCCACGAAACUGUCCUCACUUUACUCCUCAGCACUCGAAAUCUUGCGCAAAGCCUGUUCCAUCAUUCAUAUUCGCUGGUAGUGAGUUUGCAGGUGCUUCCUACGUAUUUCGUAUGCUGAAACAGCAUCCUCAAGUGGCAGCUGCGUCAGUGGAUAAUAGUGGGCUUAUAGCAAAUCAUGUAUUCGAUAGACAGGAGUUUGAUGAAGCCAAUGCAUUUGAUUCGUAUAUAUCUCAGUUUCCUUUUCUCAAGGACGAUGUGCUGGCUACCAUGGAAGAGACUAGAAAUUGGAUUGUUGGAGAGAAUGCACCACAUUACCUGUAUAACAGCCAUUUAACUGCAAAGCGCAUCAAGGACACGUUGCCUCAUGUCAAGCUUGUCUUUUUUCUGAGAGAGCCCAUUGCAAGAGCGUAUUCACAAUAUUUGUACGAGAAGACAGAAUUAGGACACUCCAACUUGUCAUUCGAGACGCUGAUUGAUCUGGAGUUACCUAUUCUGCGUCGAUGCGGACAUACGAGCACACAAACUGGAUGGGAGGGUUUCGUCAGUUGUCAUCAAGGAAGCGAGAUUAGAGCAUCAUGGAAGGUCUCCAACGACACACACGCUUUCAACUCUUUGGCAAAAGGCAUGUAUUACCCUGCACUGGUGCCAUUUUUGCAGCAGUUUGCGCCCUCUCAGUUAUUCGUGAUUCGAACAGAAGAUGUCUUGCUCAACCCAUCAGGUUCAUUUCAGAGACUGGCCCGCUUCCUCGACAUUGAUCCCACAUUUUUUGCAGAGCGUAAUUUCUAUCAAGACGAGCAACAUUUGACAGAGGAAGAGCUGCUGUCGAGUUCAGCUGAUUUGGAAGUGCAUUAUCCCCAUCCAUACGAAAGCAGCACCUUUAGAAAUGCAACAGCCACUGCUAUUACGACAGAGGAGCGAGCAGCAUCAACUAGCCCCGCCAUCAAUCAUCAUUUGCAAAAGACUGCUAUGGAUCGAAGUCUGUUUGUUCAGCCAAGGCCACGCCACCGUACCUUUAUCAACAACCAACAGAUGCAUCCUGUGCCAUAUAUCCCAGCAGCUGAAGAGCCCGAGCUAUCCACUCGAUAUAGACUGCAAAAAGUGUAUAGAGAUUUGAAUAAUCGAUUGAUUGACUUGUUGGAUCAAAAGAUGGCUAGCUUCUAUGCGUGGGUUUACGAUGUGGAUCGAGGAUAG